UUUCUUUGUGUUGUGCCAAGACUGGUGCGCUUCUGUACUCGUCUUCAAAAUACCCCACGAUUAAGCCGAGUACGACCUCGGUUGUGUGAAAACGGGUCCCCCCCCCCUCCCCCCAAACUCGUAACUAAACGAUGCGUACUUUUAAUGCGUAAACACAAACGCGUCAGGGUGAGAUUCGGUAUCGGUGGUUGCAAUGCAGCAAAGGUCAAUGGACGUUAACGUGUUAGUACCGUCAUAGUAUCCCCGCACAUUGAGUCGGUGGGAAAUGAACGUGGUACUAAGCUAACGUUGGGUUCAUAUUGGAGGUGACGUUAAAAACCAGCGCAGCGACGUUAGUUGUUAGAUAGAAUAAUGUACCCGGCGUUAGUAACCGACUGCCACCCGUAUAACGUGAACGAAUGUAACAUCCCCGGAUAUUGUUUGACUGAAUUUACACCUUUUCGUGUCUGUGUGUCGGAUUAAGAACUUAAUCCAGUGUGUGUAGAUAAGUGUUGCCCUCGGUUGUGUCACGGUUCUUCCACGAUGUGGCUAAAAGGCACACACUUUAGGGUAAACAUGCAGCACAAAUGCAUGUGUAUGACCUGAUGAUACUGGCUCAACGUGGGACACAAACCACGCACAUAAAUGAAAUGUGGCCUCUGGUUAUUUUACUUUCCAGUGGGGCCGAUGCCUGCAGCAGGGCUAUGCAGGCCUCAUGCAAGCCUUGACACAGUGGGCUCCUAUGGUGGCCGGCAGGCUAUUUCUCUAUUUGUGUCACUUCCCCACCAUGUCAAAGGAUACUGCUUGAUAGUUGUAAAGCGAAUGAGUUGCUGCCUUUGACUCAAGGGCCCUUUAACCCCCCGUGACCCAGUCAACCACCUCGGUGUCACAGUCCAGUCCCUCCUCCGGCCAAGGCUGCAUCUCAUUUCCAUUUAUAGGUUUUUAUUUCAUACAGGCAGGUUGUCUAAUUGAUUUCCUUUUUUCAAUGAGCAAAAUACCAGUUAAAACCCACAGCUCAUGUUUUUUUGUUUGUUUCACUUCUCCAUAACAUAGAGCAUCAAAGCGUUUUAGGUGGUUGUAUUCUGAGAAACUACUUUCAGGAAAAUGGCUUUUGUUUUUUGUUCUGUUUUUUUUCAUAUUGCCAAAAUAAUUGCAGUUCCUGAAACGGUUAAGCUUCAAGUUUGUGCUGCACAGCAUGUCCUUUUCUAAUUUUCCUGUCCUAACCACUGGAUCACACAAUUGAUGGCUGGCUGGCCUGCAGGGACUCUCGAGGGUCACAGCCCUCCGGAUCUGGUGAUAACUGUGAUUAACUGACGAUGCUUGGAAAGCGCGGGAUGGUGUAUUUCACAAGUUGGUUUGGUGAUUUUGAAUAUUGUGAUUAUUCCAUCUUAUCUUCCACUGUUGUUUAAACGCAUGAAGAUAACUAUCACAAGGAAAUGGCAUACUCGUUUUUUUGGGGGGGGGUUAGUGUUGCUUUUGUUUGGGAUGUUGCUUUUCAAAGCACUCUGUGAGCUCAAACAGCUGUGAUCCGCGCCUCAACCUUGGCUCAUACCCACUGCUCUUUGUGGAUUGGCCUCCAUUCUCUUUGCCUUGCUUUUUUUGCUGGCCUUCUCCUCCCCUCUCCAAUUGGUGCCUGUGAUAAAUCUAAUUUAUGGCCCGUGGUCUGAUUAGAGUGAGAGUGAAAAAUGUGGAGUGGAGGAGGGGACUCGUGGGCUAGGUAAUGCGUUUGAUUCAGUUCCUGCUUUCCCGGAAUCUGGCCUUCAUUAGAUAAUAGUUCAUGUAUUAAGCAUAACGGGGGUGUUUGGUAGGAACAGAGUGAAAGAACAAGGCACAGUUGUUGGGAAUAUGUGGCCAUACUGUUCACUUUUGCACUGGGACAAGAAACAAGCGGGUCCUUCACAAUGGGCUAUCUGAGUAUCCCGUGUCCCAACUAGUAUCCAGACCUGGAGGCUACGUGCAUCUGCCCCAAGCCACGUAAGAGCUCUGGAUAAGAUGACAGAAAUGCAGGGGAGCAUGCAGCACUCUGGUAUUCCUCCCCGCCUCGCGGUUUUCUGUGCGAAAGGUGUGUCAACAAAGCAAACAAUGUUUUCAAAAUGGGAGUCAUCAAACAGGGAAAUAUUAGUGUUCAUGUUGACUCAGUUGUUUCACUUAUAACCUGCUCCAUGUGAUUAAGAGGGAAGUAAAAAAAAAAAACAUUAUUUCACGGCUGACACACAGCUGGACUGUAAAAUGUUUGAGGGCUUGUGUAGUGGUCAUAUAUGCCACAUUUAUUUAUGUUGUCUCAACAUAUGAGUGUCCCGCCUGCACGGGAGUCUUAAGGAGGACUUGAAGACCCAAAACAUUCUAUAAAACUAAUGUGUAACGUUGAGGUGGAUCUGUUGGCCUUGAUGUAAUAUAACAUUAAUAGGUCAUUUUUUUCCAGCAUAUUUUCACCUGGAAAAAAAAAGACCAUUUGUUUUUGUUAUCUCGGGUGAAGUUUAUUUCCACAUCCGGCUAAAAUGUUUCCACAGUAACUCGCUACUGACUAAAUCAACCUGCUUCAGCUCCCUGACCAUUCACUUUUUUUUGCCUAACUAACUGCAAUUUUCCUUCACAUUUCCAUGCGUCUCUUAUUGUUUUGAGCCGCCAUGAUCCGACGAGAACGAAAGCGAACCAAAGCAAACUGAAAUCUGUGGAUAUUUCAGAACUAGUAGAUGGUGAACACACGGAGCCUUUUUGAAAUGAUGCCGGACCACAACUGUUUCCAAAUCAGUUUACUGUAACAACCGAAGCAGUCGCAGGGAAACCCAGAGCCCGGCCUUAUUCUCACCGGGUGUGCAGAGUCAGCAGACAUGGUGCACCGCACACCACGCCAUUGACACGGCAGACUAUUAUUGUGGGAAAUACAUUUAAAAAAAAAGUGUUUUGGAAUAUCUGGUGGUUUUGUAGCCCACGUGUCCUUUAGACCUUAAAGACGUGCGUUUGAUUCUCUGAAUCGAGUGUCCUGGUACAAGAUACCCGAAGGCCUCGGGUUGACCGAAGUUUAUCAGCUAAUCCAAUGAACGUUGACCAUUGUUGUUUACUACAAAAUUCACAAUAUGUUGAUCCCCAGGACGUUUAUUUUAAACGUGUCCGUUAUCGGUAAUCCUGAACCAUGUAACCUGCUUGGUCCUGACCUUUUCCCCCGGUUCAUUUCCCCGUCUUAAUUUACCUUUGCCCUUAAAGAUUGCGUCUCUCAUGACUUGCUCCUGUGGAGCUUUUGUGUUUUCUUUCUGUUUCUUUCAAGUGAGGCAACAGUUAAUUUGUUCUUUUGACUCAAACCAAUCCUUCACACUCGUGGAGGUGGGACUUGUGAGAAGAUUAAAUGGAUUACAGCUAGAAGAGAAUGACUGCUGGCACGCAGUACCACACGUUUUUUUGUAUUGACCAGUCAUGGAAAGCAUUCGCACUUGUUAGAACGACGUACUAUCUGGGACACGGGGUACAUACGCCUAAAUCAGCUGGUGGUCAUGUGUGACGCUGUGGUCUGAUGCCCACCCUCCCCUCAGCGCUGGCCAUGGACGUGGACGGGGACAGCUACCUGCAUCCAGAAGGCCCUCAGAUAGACAGCAGCUUGUUCUCUGUGGCCCCCACCAACAUGGAGGGUUCAAUCUACGCCUCCUCUGGUUCCUGGGGAUCCUACUCUCAGCAGCCCGGAUACAGCAUACACUGCCCUAUGCAAUCUGGAAACCAGCAAUACCACUUGAACAGCAGCACUACCACCCCCGCCACGGGUGUGCGCAUGGACGACUACUCGGAAUUCUCCGAAGUGGACUUUUCCAGCCUCGUCCUCCCUCCGAACGGAGACUUCCCCCAGGACCUGUCCUGCAUCGAUGACCUCUCCACAAACUCCCUGUUCUCGUCUCCGGCCGACUCGCUGUCGGAGUACGCCGACGCGCAGUCCCUCAUCAGCCCCGACAACCUGAACCCGGUGCUCACCCUGCGGGACGUCAACACCAGCGCCGCCCCCCCAACCACCACCACCACCGUACCAGCACAGAGGCAGCUAGAGCUGAAUGGCACCAGCAGGUUUCAUGGCUUGGCCAGUUUGGAUGAUAUUACUGCUAUUAUCAGCACCCCACCUUUAGGAGGAUUCCAGCUUCAGAGAACCCAGACACCCCCAGAGGAGGAAGAGGAUGCCGAGGAAGAGGAGACCGAGGAACUGGGACAUGUAGACACAUACGCCGAGUACAGACCUUCCAAAUCCACUAUUGGGAUUUCUCAUCCUGACAUCGUGGUGGAGACCAACACGCUAUCCAGUGUCCCCCCUCCCGACAUCACCUACACUCUGUCCAUCCCUGAGCCGACCAUUGACCGCGGCCUGCUGUCCGCUCUGCAGCUCGAGGCCAUCAUCUACGCCUGCCAGCAACACGAGGUCAUCCUGCAGAACAACCAGAGGGCAGGCUUCCUGAUCGGAGAUGGGGCGGGGGUCGGGAAGGGACGCACGGUGGCAGGAAUCAUCCUGGAGAACUACCUUAAAGGGAGGAAGAAAUCACUAUGGUUCAGCAUAUCCAAUGACCUGAAAUUUGAUGCAGAGAGGGAUCUCAAAGACAUAGAUGCACCGAAUAUCCCCGUGCACGCCUUAAACAAGAUUAAGUAUGGAGACACAGCUACCUCAGAAGGAGUUCUGUUUGCAACUUACUCUGCGCUGAUUGGAGAGAGCCAGGCGGGGGGGCAGCACCGGACCCGGAUCAAACAGAUCCUGGACUGGUGCAGGCCGGACUUUGACGGAGUUAUUAUUUUUGACGAAUGCCACAAAGCCAAGAAUGCCACUUCUACCAAGAUGGGCAAGGCGGUGCUUGACCUGCAAAACAAGCUGCCGAGGGCCCGAGUGGUGUACGCCAGUGCCACAGGUGCCUCCGAGCCAAAGAACAUGAUCUACAUGAGCCGCCUGGGAAUCUGGGGCGAGGGCACGCCCUUCAGGGCCUUUGAAGACUUCCUGCACGCCAUCGAGAAGAGGGGCGUCGGCGCCAUGGAGAUUGUUGCCAUGGACAUGAAGGUUAGCGGCAUGUACAUCGCCCGGCAGCUGAGCUUCUCGGGGGUGUCUUUCCGCGUCGAGGAGAUCGGGCUGGACAGCGACUUCAAACUGGUCUACAACAAAGCUGCCAAACUGUGGGCGGAGGCGCUGCAGGUGUUCAUGCGUGCGGCUGAUGAGCUGGGCCUGGUCAGCAGGAAGUCUCUGUGGGGGCAGUUCUGGUCGUCUCACCAGCGCUUCUUCAAAUACCUCUGCAUCGCUGCCAAGGUCCGCUGCCUGGUGGAGCUCGCCAAGAAAGAGCUGCUGGCUGGAAAGUGCAUCGUCAUCGGGCUGCAGUCUACCGGAGAGUCCCGGACCAGAGAAGUCCUGGAUGAGAACGACGGCCAUCUCGACAGAUUUGUCUCGGCAGCAGAGGGAGUAUUCCAGUCCCUCGUAACGAAGCAUUUCCCCUCAGAGAAACAGAGGAGAGAGAAAGCCCCGGGGAACAAGCGGAAACGGAAGCCAAGAGGUCGGCAGCCGAAGGUGCCGAAGCACUCGGUGGACAGCGGCGGCGUGAUCAACAUCAGCGAUGACAGCAGCAGCGACUCGGACGGCAUGGACACCGACUCCAACUCCUCCCCGGACUCUCUGCUGGACAACGAUGACGUCAUCUUUGUCAACCACACCAGCUGCCAGACAGCCCGGGUAGAGGAGAUGAAGCAGAGCCUCCUCAGCAAAAUAGCUGUGCUGGGAAAAGAACUACCUCUCAAUACGUUGGACGAGCUCAUCGAUAAGUUUGGAGGACCGGACAAAGUCUCAGAGAUGACCGGUCGUAAGGGUCGGGUGGUGCGGCGUCCCGACGGCAGCGUCCGUUACGAGUCCCGGGCCGAGCAGGGCCUCACCAUCGACCACAUCAACAUCAAGGAGAAGGAUCGCUUCAUGGGCGCGGAGAAGUUCGUGGCCAUCAUCUCAGAGGCGGCCAGCUCAGGGAUUUCCCUGCAGGCGGACAAGCGAGUGAAGAACCAGCGCCGCAGGGUCCACAUGACCUUGGAGCUUCCUUGGAGUGCAGACAGGGCCAUUCAGCAAUUUGGUCGCACACAUCGGUCCAAUCAGGUGACGGCCCCGGAGUACAUCUUCCUCAUCUCGGAGCUGGCUGGGGAGAGACGCUUCGCCUCCAUCGUGGCUAAAAGACUAGAGAGCCUGGGUGCGCUGACCCACGGAGACAGAAGAGCCACAGAAUCCAGGGACCUCAGCAAAUACAACUUUGAGAACAAGUACGGUACCAAGGCUCUCGAUAAGAUCACCAAAGCAAUCCUCGGCCACAUAGAAAACAAGGUGCCCCCUCCCAAAGGCUACCCUGUGGGCGAAGCCAUGUUCUUCAGAGACAUGAAGAUCGGAAUGAUGGAUGUGGGCAUCUUCUGUAGGGAGUCGCGCUUUGGGAUCAAUACUGAGAAAGACUGCAGCAUUACAAAGUUCUUAAAUCGCAUCCUGGGCCUGGAGGUCCACAAGCAGAACUUUCUGUUCCAGUAUUUCACGGACAACUUUGACUACCUGAUCGAGAAGGACAAGAAGGAGGGAAAAUAUGACAUGGGAAUCCUCGAUCUGGCUCCGGGUAACGACGAGAUCUACGAGGAGAAGCAGGAGAUAUUCUUGACGGUUGGAAAUCCUCAGGACGGACAGGUUGUUCUCUACAAGAUCAGUGUGGACCGAGGCAUGCCCUGGGACGAGGCCUUCAACAGGUCACUAAAGCUCAGCGGCUCCGAUGAGGGAUUCUACCUUUCCCUGAAGCUGCGAGGAAACCACCCGUGCGUGCUGCUGGCCGAGCAAGGACGAGGCAAGAACCUCAUCGUCUACAAGCCCAACAUCGGCAAGCAGACGCACCCCGAGAGCCUGGACAACCUGCAGCUGCGCUACCGCAAGGUGACGCCCGAGGAAGCGAGGGACAGCUGGGAGAACCAGUUCACCUUCUCCUUCAAGAAGUGCAGCCAUGCCAACUGGAAUGGGAAGUGCAAGAAGAUCGAGGAAGGUCAGGAGUGUCUGCAGGGCAUGCGCCUCCGUCAGUACCACAUGCUGUGCGGCGCCCUGUUGAGGGUGUGGAAGCGCGUAUCCGACGUGGUGUCUGACCUCACCAGCUCCAGCAUCCUGCAGAUCGUCCGCCUUAAAACCAAACAUCAUAACAAGCAAGUCGGUAUCAAGAUCCCGGAGAACUGCGUGGCCCGCGUGCGCGAGGAGCUGCUGCAGAUGGACGAGGAGGUGAAGAGGAGACGGAAGGAGCGCGAGCAGCAGGCCGUCGAGCAGCGGCUGGCGGCCGAGCGCGCGCACAAGAUGGAGCAUGACAACAAGCACCUGCUGGCCAACCUGUUCAACCAGAAGCCGAUGCUCAACCAGUCGCUCGCCCAGAGCCAGAAACAGAAGCCGAGCCAAAGCGCCCUGCAGAGGGCGCCGCCGGGGAGCGAGCUGCAGCGGCUGCAGGCGUCCCUGCAGCAGAACGUCCCCCUGCUGUCCCUGCAGAGGAACCCCGGUCCGACGCAGCAGAGGACCCACGGCGGCUGGCACGGCAACCCGGGCGCCGUCCCCAACACGGCCAGCAUCCGCUCCAAUUUCUCCCAGUUUUACCCACAAUCCUUCUCGUCGCAUUUCCAGCAGAUGAAGAGCCCGUCGCUUCCGCUGCGUCCGACCGCGCCGUCUCUCGGCGCGUCCGCCAACAAUCCCCUGGACGAGAUCCUGGACCUGACAGCGAGCUCGCCGUCCCCGUCGCCGGACAGCACGGAGGUGGGGCUGAGCCUGGACGGCCUGGCGGGACACUCGGCGGCGUACGGGGUGGAGGACUUUAACCUGGAGUCGCUGAUCGCUCAGGCCGCGCCCAACGCCCAGCGCGCCGCGCUGACCCAGCAGCCUCUCCUGCUGCAGCAGAACCACAACCUGCUGACCAGCAACCACCACCAGGAGUUAUUCGACUUGUUGGACUUGCCCCUGUCCCCCCAGAUGUCCACACAGAAAGCCAGCCCUUCGUCCUCUACCUCCUCCUGCUCCUCCUCCGCGUCCUCCACCUCGAACAGCCUGGCGGCGCACGUCCCCGCCGGCCUCCUGGCGUCGUCCGGCCUCCCCCCGACAUCCUCCUCGUCCUCCCUGUUCUCCAGCCCGUCCUCGUCUUCCUCCCUGUUCUCCAACUCGUCCCCUUGCUUCUCCAACUAUGUCCUCCCCCAGUCGGACUCGCUGCCUUUACCCAACGGGCACCCCGCCGCCCUGGACGUCCGCGAGGCCCUGAACAGCAUGCUGCACGGGCCGGACCGCGGGUCCGUCAUCAAGUACCGGCCGCAGGACUGA